AUAUGUUAGCGGAAAAGCCGAAAAUCAGCGCCGCGACAACCGCGACGGCAACAAUAACAAAAGCACAUAAGCAAAAAAUAAAAAUCAUACGCAAACGAGCGUGUGAAGAAAGAAAAAACGAAAUAUAAUGUGUUGAACACACACACACACAUACCAUAGUAAUGGACGGAAAGCUCGUUUGUUAACUGUCGAUGUGCGCGCGCGGGUGUGUGUUGUUGUUGUGCGCCUAAGUGAGCGGAAGCGCGGCCAAUUUCUGCCAGGAAAUUGAACCGAAUUCAAUUGAAGUGCGUCUAGUGACAGUAAAAAAAAUGAAAAUAUUAUAAUUAUACAUACAUACAUACAUAUUUACAUAUUUACAAAUAAAAUAGUGUAUAAAAAUAACAACAACAAAAAGUUGCGUUUGGAAAUUGGGCGUGCAGAAAAGGAUAGUCCAAGAAAAUGAACGGACGUUUUUAAAAUAUCAUAAAUGAAGUGUGUUCAAAAUACUUGAAAAUCAGUGAACAGUGAAAGCGUGUACUCAUCGUGUAAAUAACACUUGCUGCAGGAGGAAAAUAAUUUCAGUCGUUAAAAUACAAACAAACAUAAUUAAAUUUAUGUUCACAAAUAUGCCUGAAAAAGUUUAUGCUGAAAUAAACGAAGAAUAGAUCAAACUCUUAAUGUGGCAGCUUUAAGCUAUAAAUAAAAAACAACCGGAUCGUCUGAAGAAAAUAUCACCAUGUUAGGCAUGUGGGGGCAUCUACUUCAUCUUAUGACCCACCAAUCCAGUGCGCAUCCAAUUAACUUUGAACUCUUGAAAGACGCUAAAUGAAUUGGCAAUAGUAAAAUAUUAACGAACGGUAAGUCCGACCAUAAAUAAGAUACCGUUAAUAGGAGCAACAAAAUAAAAGGAGCUACUUAAAAAUGAUUACGUAAGAAACCGCACUUAUAAACGAAGUAAAUGGACAGCAUUUGCUGGCGCAAUAAAAGCAAAGCGAAAAGAAAGCGAAAAAAGCAACAAAAGCCGCCAACAAAUGCUGUGAACACCGCCGGAAGUUGGUUGCAAUUAAAAAGUGUGCAGCCUAAAACAAAUGAAAAAAACAGUUAUAUCCAACAUUCGCGCUUAUAUCGACGCUUAGACAACUUAGCCACAGCUGAGCGCAAAAUGUCCCUGACCACUUGCGGGUUUACCAAGAGUUGUUGUUGUGCGUGAGUGUAAAAUCGAAACGAAUGUGUAAGCUGAGGAAAAAUGCGUUUGCAGGGCAAUAAACGCCAAAAACUAAAACAACAGCAACAACAACGAUGCAGCAAUAAAAGUAAACACAACAACGAAAACGAAGUCGACGCAGCGAUAAAUCGCCAGCAACGAGGUAAUAAAAACAGCCAGCAAAGAGAGCAACCACAGCAAGUCAAGCAAUUCAUUGAACGGCAGCCAAGUAUUGAACGUGUGAGAAGGGAAAGGACGCGCUUUGCGGUAGAAGCAGCAGCAGCAGCAGCUAAACUAAGAGAAACUACUUUGGCAGAGCGAAGACACACAGCGAAGCCCACAGUAAACCAACUUUCUACAACUCGGAGUGGUCACCACACACGCACUGUUGCGGCGCCAUCACACUUUCCACAGCCGCUGCUGUACACCGUUCCUCGAUUCCUCAUACUCUUCGUGCUUUGCUGCACGAUGCCGCCGCAAGCGCAUGGCGACUGGUUGAUGGACUGCGGCGACUGCCUGUGUAAAUGGCAGUCCGGCAAGAAGACCGCCGAUUGUAAGAAUCUUACGUUGAACGCCGUGCCGGAGAACCUGAGCAAUGAGGUACAGGUGCUGGAUCUCUCCUUCAAUCGUGUUGCCAUACUGGAGCAGAAUGCCUUUCUCAACGCUGACUUGCAUAAUCUACACAAGCUCUUCAUGCGUAACGCAUCGCUGCAACAAAUCGACCCGCGCACGUUUACCCAACUCGAGAUCUUGAUCGAAGUGGACCUCUCCAAUAAUUUAUUGCGUAAUCUGCAAGCGAAUGUCUUUGCGCGACUGGUGAAAGUGCGCGCAAUUGUGCUGAAUGGUAAUCUCUUGGAGACGCUCUCUGAUGGUGUCUUCCAGAACCUCAAGUACCUGCAUAAGGUCGAGCUGAAACACAAUCGGCUGAUGCGUAUCGGACAGCAGGCGUUCAACAAUGUACCGCUCCUAUCGCAGAUCUACUUGGAUGGCAAUCGUCUGAGCUUUCUGCGUAAGGAGUCUUUCGAAUCGCUCAAACGACUGACAGCGCUAUCUCUCGAUUCGAAUCCGUGGAACUGCACCUGCGAACUGCAAAUAUUCCGUGACUUUGUGCUGAAACGCAAUCUCUACACACCGCCGACGGCCUGUUAUUACCCCAUACAUCUGCGUGGCAUGUUGUGGGUCGAAGAUCAGCCCGAGGCUUUUGCGUGUAAGCCACGCAUCAUAUUUCCGGCGCGCGGUGCUUCCAUCAGCACGUCGAAGGAGAAUGUAACGCUGGUGUGUCGCGUGCAUGCGUCGCCGAAUACACACAUAACCUGGGACUACAACCGCCAACAAUAUCGUUCGUCCACCAGUAAUAUUGGCGGCAGCGGCGUUAAUACAGUCACCACCAACAGCGGCGCUAGUUGUUGCGCCAACGGCCAGGCGCAGCGUUUGCAUAUAGAACUGCUGCGCGAUGAGCAAUCGAAGGAGAAGGAGUUCGGACGUGAUGUAUUCAUAUCGCGUCUUACCAUUGUGGCGGCUGAAAAGAGUGAUGAAGGUACGUACACGUGCGCUGCGGAGAAUGCCGGUGGCAAGGAUGCAGUGCAAAUUAAUCUGUUGGUGCAACGGCCGAGUCCGCGCGAGCUGCUGUUGCAAGGCAAUUUAGUCGUUGUUGUUUCACUGAUGGCGCUUGGCCUGCUCGGCGUAUCCGUGUUUCUCGCGCUCGUCACUUGCUGCAUUUAUAAGCGCUUUAAGGCAAUGAGUCCCACAAGUCAUCGGCAUCAUCAUCACCAUCUUGAUGGCGCAGACCAAUUGACGCCCGGCAUGGAUGGUCAGCAUACGACGACGACUACGGUGACCGGUGGCACUGAUGUGGUGCUCGGCCUGGAUGAUACAGUAGGCAGUUAUAAACAUCAUUUGCAGAAGAAGAAUGCGAAUGGUGAUGUAGUUGAAGGAAAAGGUGGUGUUGGUGGUGGCGUAGGUAGUGGCAAAUACUCGGAGGUGAUAAAACAUGGCGUGACUGUGAUGGAUAAUGGCGGCGUGCUGUCAGGCGCCGGCGGCCGUAAUGUUGGAGUGGAUGGCACUGGUGCGCACAGAAGUGGCCCACAUGCGGACAAAAUGUACUUGGAGCGAGGCAAUGACGAUACGCUCCACAUCAAGUACCCGCAUGGACCGUCCGCAGCGGAUAUAAAUCGUCUUCUCAAUGCGACAUCAACAACAACACUGGACAUGACGGUUGGCGGCAAAGGUGCGCACGCCGGUGUCGGUGGUAGCAAGUGGCGCACCGAAGUACAGAUCACUGAAGGUCAACUGGGCGGCGGUGGGCGCGCCGGCGAAUACCAACCUGACCUGCUGCCCGCAUACAGCACCCACAAAGCCGUCAACAAUAGUUGUAGCAACAGUAACAUUAACGGUCAUGCCAACAGUGCGGUCAGCAAUCAGCAGCAAGGACAGCUUUAUAGUCCGAUAAAAGCAACGAGGACAAUAAAUCUGCACGAUGACCAGCAAAUGUCACAGCAGCAACACCAACAACAACAACCCAUUGUGGCCAAGAGUAAAUAUAAUAUCAAUGCGCAAGAGUAUUUGCAGUCCAGGUAUGGUGCCGCCAGCAAGCCGCACGAGAAGACAUUGCGCCGCGGUGACGUGAUUGCGGUGGCGACGACCAGCAUCGCCCUCACCACGACCGGUUCAAUGCCAACGACGACUGUUAGCGCGUCCAGUGGCGUGGCGCCGCAAGCGGAAAGUGGCUUCUCGACGCUACAACGACACAGUAAAUCAGUUGCGCUGCCGCCGCGCACACCCACCGAUACACAUGCUGUGACAGCGGCAGUGUCGAGCAGCAGCACCGGUUAUGGCUACGAGUAUCGACAGCCACCGCCGCCACCUUACAAUUCGGCGCAUCGCACUGCGAGCGGCUUACAGCUGUUACAGCGUCGAACCAGCAUCAACAGUGAGCCGAAUAACGAACAAACGAGCGCGACGAAGGACCUUGGCUAUCGGGAGACAAUAAACGGCAGUAAUUAUGGUGGUGGGGGCGGUGUUGGUAUGGGCGAUGGCGCACGUCAGACCAUUGUGACAGCAUCCUCAUCACUACAAUUCCUUACGACCACUGGCUACGGGGGCAAUGCGGCGCCCCAACGGCAGCUGCUCUGAUUGUCGACGCAGGCGGGUGUGCUGAGGUAGAAUAUCGGGCGGUUGCUCUAAGCGACGCGCACCGUUGUGGUGAUUUGUACAGGCGGUUGCGGACUGGAGAAUGGCAUGAUCUCUUCAAUAAUCAUAGACAAUUUUACAACCGAGUGGGAGCUCAGCCAAAAUGGAUUUCUUAAAGAAAGCUGCUGUGUGUGGUAGAGUUAAUUGGUAACUCCUUUGUGUGUAAAUAUUGCGACAAUUGUAACGAAAUUGCAAAAGAAGUUCAAGAGAAAGUUGAGUUUUUUUGGUAUUUUAAAUAAUUUUAAAAGGAAAUUUACCCUGCUUUUGGUAAGCCAGCUGAUUUUGGAAGUUGGCUACCAUAACUGGAAUUUGUAUUGCGUAUGGCUAUUGAUCUCAGUUUAAUUGUAAAUGCAGAUAUCAACACUGAGUUUUAAAAUGUUGAAAUUCAAAGAAAUUUAAUUUUUGUUUAUCCUAAGGUAUACAUAUUUUCAAUAUAUUUAAACUGCAAAACUUGCAGAUUAUUCUAGGGAACUGGUCUUGAGGAGUUUCUUGUUUCUAACAUUUUUGUAAUCUAUAAGAGCCUGAGUGGCCGAUAUUUAAUCCAUGAGGUUUGCUUCGCGACCUAAAGUCGAUUGUAAGCAGUUAGCGUUGUAUAAUGAAUGUUGGGUUUGCAGUUGCCUUGCGGUUCCUAUACUCGCGCUAAUAUUCUUACAUAAUGGCAUGUUAAUAAUAAUCGUUUCCAAAUAUUUACUUUAUAUAAUUUAAAUAGCAUUAUUAACCUAGUUAUAUGUCGUGUGUUCUAUAAUAUGUACACUAUAUAAGUUGAUAAUUAUUAUAUUACAAAUUAAACAUUUCAAUACACUAAGUGUGUUUUAACAAAUCCCAGUCUUCUUUGAUAUUUCAGAAUAAGUAAGCAAGCAAGUUUGUUUAUUGUCUUUUUAAUUCGAGCUAAUACUUGAUUGCUAAUUUUUUUCGUACUAUUAAGUUAAAUUAAGUCUCGCAUAGUGUUUUGAGGAUAUAAUGUUUUAAAGAGAUUAUAGAGAUUUUCAUCAGCUAUUAUUAUUAUUAUACUGGGUAUUCCAAUAGCGAUGAUAUGAUUUGGAAGUGGCGUUUCGGAGAUUUACAACUUCAUCAUGGAAAGAACAACGUUCACAAAUUGUUCAGUUUUAUUAUCAAAAUAAACGUUCUCCAAUUGCAAA